CCCACACUCACCAUUUUUCAUUCAAGAUUGAUGUUGUGGUUUUCAGUAAUGUGAACGCGCUUUUCAGGACUAGCGCGCGCUUUCCGGUCGUACUACUGUGUACUGUCGAUUCUGCAUGCAUGCAUGCAUUGUACACAAUGCCGCGCCAGUGCAGUAGAAGCAAUCUUGUUUAUCCACGUUACAGGUGACUGUUGAUAUUGCUGACACAAUUCUGUUGUGAACUUUAUUCUUUGUGAUCAUGUAGAACAGCAUAUAAUUAAUUACCUAAAAUGGGAGGUAAACAUUCUCGGAGCCAACGUAGGCAAUCAUCUGCUUCGCAAUCUCAACGUUCGAUCCCAAGCCGGAGUUCUAGUGACCACAGCUUCCAGAGGAUAUGGUCGCGGACAUCCAGGAGAAGAAGGAGUGUAGUCUCGCUCACAGACCCUUACCUGGCGUCAAGGACCACCUGGCCGGUGCCUCAGAGUGAGGCUAUGUUCUUACCCGAGUAUGAAGUGAAUCCACGCAGCGCUGAACAGGAAUAUAAGAUUCUUCAUCAGAUAAACAAGGGUGCCUACGGUCAGGUGCUCAAGGUACAGAGGAAAGAGGAUGGAGAGAAUUAUGCUAUGAAGGUAUUAUCCAAGCUUGAAGUGAUCCGGAGCGAAGCUAUCAAGCAGUGUAAAGAAGAGGUUAGCAUACAGGCCAUGGUGGGACAUCAUCCUUUUAUCAUCCAGAUAUACAAGUCAUGGCAGAGCAAAAUCAACUUACAUAUAGUGAUGGAGUUUGCAACCCAUGGUGACCUCUACACACUCUGGAUCUUAGAAGGAGUCUUCACUGAGAUGGCUGUAUGUAUCUUCAUUGCGGAACUCUCGAUGGCGCUAGACUACCUUCAGAAUGCAGGUGUCAUAUACAGAGACCUGAAGAUGGAGAACAUUCUGCUGGACCAAGAGGGACACAUCAAACUGACCGACUUUGGCCUUUCAAAAUGGAUGAAGAAAGGCAACCGGGCAUCAACGAUAUGUGGCACAUUACAGUACAUGGCUCCGGAGAUCUUAAAUGAGGAGAACUACACGCAUGCCGUUGACUGGUGGUCAUUAGGUAUCAUCAUGUACACACUCCUGACUGGUGGUUACCCUAUAGAUGGCGCUAAAACCCAUUUCACUAUGUAUAGCAGAGUUCUUGCCAAGAAAUAUGUUCUACCUUCUAGUAUAAGCAGUGAGGCUUGUGAUGCUCUGGAUAGGUUACUCAGGAAAGACCCCAAUGACAGACUGCAAUCGUUAGGGGAGAUCGUCCAUCUAGAUUUCAUCAAGAACAUCUCAUUGGAGCAGUUGGUACGACGGGAGAUCACCCCCAAAGACUACCUGAAGAGAAGGUUACCCAGGACUCUAGCUAGGAAGUCAACCAACAAGAAGGGCAGGGAGUUCCUCUAUGAUAAGAUACCAUGUGACUUUACUGUUGACAAUUUUGAGUGGACUCGAGUAACCCAGUUAUAGUACCAAAGAAACUUGAGACAGACUGGUGAUCUCAUCAAGAGCAGCUGCCAUGAAAUGAGACCUUCUUAAAGGGACACAUCAGAAGAAGUACCUUGAUAAAAAGAACAGUAUUCUGACUGACAGGAUGGAAGAGGAAUCCAUCUUGGAAGUCUACCGAUGAUGUCUGAGUUUUGUUUCGUCAAAGGCGGAGGUGAUCGAUGUACGGUCAUUACUGAACGAUCAGGAUGACUGGUUAGAGUGAUGUCGCAUGCAGGGUUGUCGUUGAUGUCCACAGCGAUAGCAUGGGCAUAUUCAUUAUUCAGGAAAGCAUGCUAAGCAGCUGCCUGAUCAUGUUGAGAAGGAUCAUUGUUGCCUUAAAAGUGACUGAAAGACAUUGAGAUGGCAAGUACGUACACGUACCUUCAUUACAAAGGGAUGUAGCAUCGGUAUCAACGGAAGAGCAUACCGAAGAAUCCUACAGAUCUUACAGAGAAAUAAGAGAGCGGAAAGAAUUACUGAUGUAGAUUGCUAGUAGGAAGCCAUUGCAAGGUGAUGCGCAUUUGCAUCGGUGGUGGAGGGCAAUGAAGAAUCGCACGCAGCACACAGAGGAAUUACUGAGCUAUCACUAGCCUUGGUAAUGAAUCAAUAUCUCUUUCAUUAUGAAAGUGAUCCUCUUGCCCUUGCUAUUAUGAUAAGGGAUGUUGCUGAUGCCAUGACUCAUACGACCAUCAUUGUCAGUAUUGAUGAAUGCAUGCAUGGUUGAAAUCACCCAAUCAUGAUUAAGAAUUGUGCUUUCCAUGAUAAUUAAUCUCCAAUGUACUGUCAUUAUAAACAUGGCUCUAAUUAAAAUCUUGCAAGUCACUAUGGAAUAACUUUGUUGGUUAAAUUAUCAUUAUCAUGAUAUUAUCAUCAUCUUUAUCAUCAUCAUCAGCAUCAUCGUUGUCAUCAUCAUUAAAUUAUCAUCAUCAUUGUCAUCAAUAUCAUCAUCAGGAUUGUUAUCAGCAACAAAAUCAAUUUGAAAAAUCUCUUACAUGACCAAAAAUAUCUUCCUCAUUAAUCACAAUGUUCUUCAUGUCAUUACAUAUCGGCAGCCUUUACUUACGAGUGUAAUGCAUUAUUUUAUCGCCAUUCACAUUAUCACUGUUGCUCUCAGCAGGAGAGCACUGUUUGGUAUGAAUGAUGUCUUUUUAGGAAUCUAUCCAAGAUUGAUGUACCUUGUCUAUACUCCAACAAACACAUCAUUGAAAAUAUUCAAUGUUGAUAUAUCAAUGCCCACAACUCUAUGUGUAGCAUCUUCCCUCUGUGAUGUGCUCCUAGUACAGCCUCUCUUGAAAAUAUUCAAUUUUUAAUGAUAGGAAGUAUUUGUUUUAUACCAUCUUUUUAACGAAGAGUUUAUAUUGCCAAGAUCAAUAUUGAUUUUUUGACUAGCCUGUUAAAUGCAAUUUGGUUUUGGUAUUUUCCACAGACUCAAGCCUGAGCUAUCCUGGACUUCAUAUUUAAUUGAAUGAUUUGUGGGAAUGCAUGGAUGUAUAGAGUCUCUACAGCUUUUGUUAUGGUGCUGUAAUCUACAUUCUGUAAGCGAUUGGAGCAAUUGGGUGGACUGGAAGAUAUUUGUAUAGGUGCAUUUCACCAAUCUGAAUAGAGGCAUAGAGAUAUUUUACAGCAGGAUGUAUAACCUUGAAUUUUUAAUUUGCAAAGUCAAGUAGAAAGACUAUGUUUGAAAGAUUCUUGCUCUUAUGAUAAUACCAGAUGAAUUUCCUUAAAUAUCUUUUGAAAUUAAUUUCUCACCAUGAGCUAUAUCAAUACAUUGUGCCAAUUUGCCAAAUAUUUUGUUACUCAUGUACAUGGUAUCUUAACACAGUAGCCAAAAUAUUGCUAAAACAUUUAAUUUAUUGUUUUGUAUUUUUGCUUGUAUUAGAAUACCUCUUUUUUUACCUCCUGAUUUAUUGACCAAUUACAUUUC